AAAUGCCGAAGUUCCGUCUGCAGUUUCUCGAUCUCGUCGACGCGCACCAGGAUAUCGUCAAUUUUUUCUUCGGCCAUUUCGGAGCUUCGAUGCAGUAAGCAACAGUGUGUAAGAAAGCAGCUGGAUGUAAUAUGGAUAUGUAUGCUAAUAAUAACAGACAGGCUUCCAACACAUAUCAUUAUUCACCUGAGAACGCAGAGAUUAACAUCGAUAGUAUUGCCGUCGCUGUAGCUAAACUGAAUUACAAGAUUUUGCAAUUACGAAAAGAAAUUGUCGCAUUUAAAAACGAAAACAAAUCUCAUUUAAUUGCGGCGCAAAAUACAUCAAGAACUUAUAUUUAAAGUAAUCAAAUCAAUCUUGGGUGGAUUGAUCCGCACGUAUGUUUUCGAUUAUCUCACGCAUGGAAAACACAUUUUCAUUAUUCAGAUCGACACCGUCAGGAUUUAAUGAUUCGACGAAAAACGAAGAGAGACGCACGGAUGCACGGUAUGAACUGCAAAGAAAUUUUAAGGGGAACGAUUCGCCAGGCGGCACUGAUUUAUCCGCUCGUUUAUCAUUCGCGAAACGUGUGCGGGAAGUAAAAGCGGCGAGCGAGGCGGCCGUAUUUAAAGAGGAUUACCCGCGUGACGAUAAAUCAAUCGAAGAUGAUGAACGGCCAAAUAGAUCGCGCGUGUUUGAAUUGUCGGGAACGUACCAAAAGUCCAUUUCGGAUGUUGAAAAAUUUGGGAAAGAAGUCGACAAAAGAUCAGAUAGAGAUGUAAGAAACCUUGAAGAUGUAAAAACUUCAUGUUUCGUCGAUGAAAAAUUAAGGAAGCCUAACAAAUAUCAAAACAAAGUUGUCAGUAAUAUACAUCGCAAUUCCAGUCCCAGGAAUGCUAGUACAAAAAUUAAAAAGAAAAGAAUUUCAAGAGGCGUACAAUAUGACAUUCCAAUUGUGCGUCAAACCCGAUUGUGUGUCAGCCAAUUUUUUCUGAAUUGUUUUAGAUUAAAAUCAAACGUGAAAAAAUGUAAUUUGAUGCAAAAAAUAGAGAAGGAAGAAAGUUCAGAUGACAAGGAAAAGUUUGACGUUGGAUUACAAAACGAUAUGAACGAAUCACUAGGUACGAUAAGAUUUAAUCACAAAUCUCAAGAUAUAGAAAUGGAAGAUUUGAUGAAUAAUAUAGAUAUAAAAAAAGAAAAAUUUGAGAAUGAUGAGGACAAAAUUACUAAUACAAAUGAUAAUGAAAAACAGAAAGAGAAUGACAACUUAAAAAAUUGCAAGGUAAAAAUAAAUUUUCUUGAAAAGUUGAGUAAAGUCUUAAAUCGUAAUAAUAAUCUAAAAGAGCAACAAGAUGAAUUGCAAGACGAUUUCAAUAUUGUUGACGAUUCUCAAAAUAAUAAAAAGGAAAUUGAUAAACCUCGUUUCGAAAACAAAAGGAUGAACGAUGAUCGUAGACGCGAAGAGUUGCGAAGCAGAUGGGAUGUAAAAAUUUUUGAUCGUAAAAAAGGUUCGAAUAAUGCAUGUAAAACCGCAACUAUGAAUUCUGACAAAGAAAGUGACGUAAAUAAGGUGAAGAAGAGAUUAGAUUUAUGUAUCGUCGAGCUAAACGAUAUAAUCAAUGACGCUUGUGUGAUAUUUGGCAGCGGGAAAAAUUCAACGAUAAUAAGCGACUGAAUGUACUGAAUCAAUAAACACGUCGCGUCGUUUGGUCGGUUAGUGGAUCUGUAUACUGUGAUAUUUCUGUGAACAUGUCUGUAUUAUUUCGAGAAAGCUACGGGAAUGAGAAAGAGACGGUUUAUAUAAAAUCAGAAGAUGGGUCUAUCAUAAACGAGGUGAAAUCUGACUCGACCGAGUCGCAGGCCAUUUGUUCUCGGAUCGUAUCCGUCAUCAAAGAGAUAUUCCUGCCGCAAGGAUAUCCGGAUAGCGUGCAUCCUGAUUACACAGCAUAUCAGAUAUGGGACACCGUACAGGCCUCUGCGAGUACUAUAAUGGGCACGCUUACAACUCAUUCUAUAAUGAAAGGAAUAGGAGUUGGAGAGUCGAGUGCUACACCCUUGGCAGCAGCAAUAACAUGGAUUCUGAAAAAUGGUACUGGAAUGGUCGGAAGUAUAAUGUUCGCAUGGUGGAACGGAACCCAACUAGAUGGACAGUGCAAAAAGUGGAGACUAUUUGCUGAUAUUUUGAAUGACAUGGCAAUGGGGAUAGAAUUACUCGUUUCAUAUUUCUCGUCAUAUUCUGUUGUAAUUCUCUGUAUUUCAACCAUCAUGAAAUCCAUUGUCGGUGUUGCUGGUGGAGCUACGAGAGCUGCAUUGACUCAGCAUCAGGCAAUACGGAAUAAUCUGGCAGAUGUUUCAGCAAAGGACGGGAGUCAAGAAACAUGUGUAAAUCUAAUUGCAUCAUUCCUUGGAAUCUUUAUAUUGUCUUUAUUCCACGAUGGACAAUACUUAAUAGAAUUGUAUCUCUUCCUGGUGGCAGUCCAUCUAUAUGCGAAUUAUUCGGCAGUUAAAGCGUUGUGUUUAGAUACACUCAAUGAAGAUCGUCUGGCCUUAAUCAUUAAGAAUUACGUGACGAACGAGCAAAUUUCUGAGCCGCAAACAGUCAACGGAGAAGAAUCGAUAUUUCUACUUGGAAAUCCUACCAAAAGUGUAUGCGGUUUUGACAUCAAAAUUGGUGUUUCAUUUGCAAGCGUCUUAAAAAGAAACGUAAUGUCAUCUAUGGAAAUGGAAUUUUUGUUAAAGUUCUUUGAAGAUAGAAAAUAUAUAAUAACGAUAGACAAUAUAACAAGAAACAUAUUUAUAAUUCUUAAAAAGGAUGCACAACCUACUGACGUAUUAGAAGCGUAUUUUUCUGCUUCCAUGUGUGGCCUUUAUAUUUGUAUGGCGAGAAUGAUUCCAGUUGAUUUACUGCUAACAUCUGAAACAUCGGAACUAUCUUAUCAAUUGUUAAAUAUAUAUAUUCUUCAUAAAAAAUUUGCAAAUUCCAAUAGCAAUAUACAAUUAUCAAUAGCUAUUCAAAGCGUUUGCGCUACAGAUUUAAUUGUCUCUAAUGAAUACAAAGCAUUUGUUAACAGCUUGGAAAUGAAUGGAUGGAAAACAGAAACAAAUCUAUUGUCAGUUGGCGCAUGGAGAUUUUCAAUGGGAAACUAAUGGAUAAUGAAUUGAUGAUAACAGAAAUGAUGAACUGCUCGAAAAUUUAUACUGAUCAUUUUAAUAAAUAUUAUUCAUUAAAA